AUGGCGACGACGGCGAGCCAACCCCCGAAGCCCAUCGCCACCGCCACCAUCAUCGGCUAUCCCGCUCCCAACACGGGUGCGCCGCCCCUUUCAUUGCCUGUGACCGCCUACCCCGCCGCGACGCAUGUCAACCGCAACCCCUACUUCAUCCCCUUCGGCGGCGGCUACAACGGCCGCCCCGCCCCUUCCUCCCGCAACGCCAUCUACCGUUGGAUUUUUUUAUCCACGGCCGCCGCCUUCCUCGUCAUCUUCGCCAUCACCUUCCUCCUCUUGUUCAUCCUCCGCCCCCGCGUCCCCGACUUCUCUGUAUCCUCUGCCACCGUCUCCUCCUUCAACCUAUCCUCCCCAUCCGACGCCGAUCCGAAGAUGUUGUCCUCCUUCGACAUCGCCCUCUCCAUCUCCAACCCUAAUAAGAAGAAUAAAUUCUGGUACGAAGCGCUCGUCGUGGAAGUGGGCUACGAUGGCUACAUCCUCGCAGCGACGACGCUCCCUCCGUUCGACCAGGACACUGGAAACUUCACAACGCUUCGGGCGACUCUAGUGGCGGCCGGAGACUACGUAGGCACCGACGUGGCGACGGGGAUGUCCGACGACCGGGCGAGCGGCGAUAGCAUGGUGUUCCAGGUGCUGGUGGAGUCGGGGAUCUGGUUCAAGAAGAGGCUGUGGGGGACGAGUGGGACCACCUUGAUUAGGGUUUACUGCGGGGACAUCAGAAUAGCGUCUGCGAACAAGACGGCCAGAUCUGGGUCGAUGGUCGGGCCGGCCAAGAAAUGCCAGGUUGAACAUCUUGGUAAUUUGCUGAGAUGA